CCAAUAGUCACCUACCGCAAUCCGUACGCGGCAGAGGACUCGCCGAAAGCCUUCGGCACAAGCUACGCCACUUUCCUCGCAAGGGUCCAGAACCUAAAGAACGAGGGAUACACACACAUUCAGGUGCUAAGAGGAGGAGGGUACCAGGGGGUGAGGGUUGCCCGAACAGAAACACCGGACCCGGACGACGAACCACUGCCAUACGCGGAAGUGUUCGGCUUGCCGGGGUCAGGGGGCCUGGAAUAG